AUGAUCGAACAUGCACGGCGUCCAUCAGAAGCUUAUGUUAACCUGCAUGCAAACGUUGAAGCCAAAAUCAAGAAUCCUCUCUGGGGGCUUCCCCGAGCAAGACUCUUGGCCGAUGUGGACGACUUCUGCCGCAAAAAGGACCUCGACCAUUAUCGCCCUCUCAUCCGCAAGGGUGCUCUUGUCGCCCAGGAUCCCACCGGCUAUGAGGACAUUGAAGGAGACGAAAAGCUAAACGAUGAAGAGGUUCAAGCCCUCAGAGACGAGAUCCUUCACAAGUGGCGAGUUCCCUUUGUUCUUUACUUGACCGUUGCAACGUGCUCUAUCGGCGCCGCUGUGCAAGGUUGGGACCAGACAGGCUCAAACGGUGCCAACCUCGAGUUUCCGUAUGCUUUCGGCAUUGGCGGCGAUAGUAUACAUGACAAGUUACUCGUCGGUCUUGUCAACUCAGCGCCUUAUAUCGGGACCGCUCUUUUUGGCUGCUGGCUCUCGGAUCCUCUCAACUCGCGUUUUGGCCGUCGCGGCACAAUAUUCUUUUCGGCCAAUUUUUGCCUUUGGCCCUUCCCAUCUUCGCUGCCGAGAACUCUCCUGCUCCGAUCCGAGGUGCCUUUGUGA